AUGGAUUUACUGUAUUGGAACAUUUCGAAUUUUGUGGUUUUAGUCACUUCAUUGUUUCAACUUAAUUUCAUUGUAGCUUCAUGUUUUGAUAAAUUUCCUGCUGAAGAAAAGUUGGUUUUAACUCCAUUGCCAACGAACUAUCUUCUUGCUUCGUUUAUGUUUGAAUUAGAUUCACAUUCUAUUAAAAAGAUCGAACUAGAUGAGAUUACCAAUGAUAGUAAUUAUCAAGCAUUUCCCAAAGUUUUAGGACCGAUUUUUGAAAGCACUAAUGUUACAGAACUUCAUUUGAAGUUUGCAAGAGGUUAUUGGGAUGCAGAAAAAUGGGGAAAAUUACCUAACAAUGGUGAAUUUAGUGGUGGAACUGGUGUGGAAUUGUGGUCCACUAUUGAUGCAAAUUCAGAAGAGGAAGCAUUUGCACAAUGGGAAAUUUUAGUCAAUUAUCUAUCUGGGUUGUUUUGCGCUUCAAUGAAUUUCAUUGAUAAAACUACCACCACAUAUCCACAAAAGCUUUUUGAAGAUACUUCAAAGUACGAAAAUAGAUAUUUAUUAAGAAGUGUAUUGCCAAAGGAACCAGUCUGUACUGAAAACUUAACUCCUUUUUUGAGAUUAUUGCCAACCAAAGGUAAAGCUGGAAUUUCCAGUCUACUAGAUGGGCAUCAGUUAUUUUAUUCUCCAUGGCAUUCAAUGUCUAUUGAUAUUAAACCAAAGCUGAAUAGUUCAAAAGGGGAACUCCAUAUGUCUCAACAUAUCGAUCAAUUGAUUAACAUCCCCAGCACAUUUGAAUAUUUUAGAUCACCAAUACCAAAACCUGUUUCUGGAGAUGCUUUAAGGUGUGAUGAUAAUAAAAGACACGAUUUAUAUUAUUGUUUUCCAAAAGAAUCCAUAAAUAAUUUAUCGUAUGAAUUAAAGGAUUUAUUUGGUAAAGAAAUUGAAAAUAGAUUAUUGAUUGGAAAGGGCAAGAGUGAAAUUUGUUUUGAUUCCACUGAAGAAUGGAAAAUCUCUGGAGUCACUGAAACCAUCGAAGGAAUUUCUAUAAACAAAGAACCUCCAUUUGAUAUCAAUUUGAGUGACAAAUUCAAUGUUAAAAUUGAGACUUCUCAAAGUGGAAAAGUUAAAAAAAUUGAUUAUCCCAACAUUUUUGUUAGUAGAUCAUUUACGGGAUACAGAGAAGAUUCUGGUGGAAUUAGAAUUGUUUUCAAAAAUCCCAGCUUAGAAAGAGCAGUGCGCUUAGUUUAUUUUGAAAGUUUACCUUGGUAUAUGAGAAUCUAUUUGCACACUUUAGAGUUGAUUGAAAGAUUGGAAAACCUGAUUAUAAAAGAAGUUUAUUUCCAACCUUCUGUUGACAGGAAAAGACCGGGUCAAAUUGAAUUGGAAUUAAUAAUCCCACCAAAUAGCAUAAUUUCUAUGAAUUACAAGUUCGACAAAUCCUUACUAUUAUAUUCGGAAUACCCUCCAGAUGCCAACCAUGGGUUUGAACUAGACCCCAGUGUUGUUAAAGUAAUAGGUGAUUCGAGCAGGUCAGAAAAGGAUUAUUUUUUUAGAACAACUUCAUUACUUCUAUCUUUGCCAACGCCAGACUUCAGCAUGCCAUAUAAUGUGAUAAUUUUUACUAGUACAGUAAUGGCACUAACAUACGGCACAAUUUUUAAUUUACUAAUCAAAAGACUAAUUAAUGAAGAAGAAACCGAGGGAAACUCCAAAAACAAUAUUUUAAAGAGGUUAAAACAAAAAUUCUUGGUUAAAUUGAAGAGUACGAUCCAAAAAAACAAAAGUCAACAAUGA